AUGGCUGUUCCAUUUUCCACAGACGUUCUUAUCAAUGUCUUUCGAGAAAGCUCUAUAUCGAUUGGUCAAAGGUAUGAGAGCCAGGAUAAGCGUGACUCUAAUAAGCGGCAGCAACAAGAGCCAGGAGGAGUGUUAAGGAACUCUUCCUCCAAUACGAAUUCUUCAUCUCCCGCGGGUAUUACAUCCAAGCAAAUUGGUUACAUUAUGGGUUAUGUUUAUAAGCCGGAGACGGUAGCAAAUGAAGUGAAUGUUUCACAAGACUUCCCUCUUUUGACCCAGUAUGAGGGGCAGCCGGCCCCGCCUAUAAGAUGGGACGUACUCAAUGAAGCCACGUAUGGUAGCUCUCUCAAGGAAGAAGAGGAAGAAGAAGAGGAAGGGGAAGAGGAGCAGAAGAAUUUGUCUGUUGCAGUUCCCUUGAAAUCAUCUGUGUCCAGAGGGCAGGAGGUCGUUUCUGAGUCCGCCGGAACCGAUAAGCAUGUUAAAACGAUAUCAGAACCAUCAUCGGUUGCUGCAACAAGACACUCUCUUCAAAAAAGUAAGAGCAGGGGACUCUUUGAACGUCUCAUUAGUAGAAAGAAACCUACUAGUGAAGAUAAUCUGGAUGGAACUGGCUCUCGCUCAAAACAUAUGUCUACCGACGAGGACACGGACAGCACCGAUUCUUCCUUGAUGGACUCAUCUAUGAUAGAUGACAGUCAGGAAAUAUCUCAAGGGCAGGAUAACUCCGGUAGUUCGGGGCUUGAUCUUUCUGGAUCGGUAGGAUCUGUUGGUUCGAUUGAGUCCAGCGAGAUUGCCGAUGAUGAUGAUGAUGACUACAUGAUGGAUUCUCCUUUACAAUCUACUUCACAAUAUAUGACCGGAGAUGUCAGUGGUUAUUCCUACUCGGAUGACUAUUACUUGGACUCUGAUGAUUAUCUCAGCGACUCUGAUUACCCUGCUGAUGAAGGUUCAAUUGGGACAUCUUCAGCCUACCGGGAGAGCCAUCCGGUAUCGCGCAUUAACUUUACCAGUUCCAGGCAGGGAGCUUACUCGUCUUCUAAGCCUGCUUAUUCGGUAUCCAUGAGAAGUCGAACGACAUCACUAAGUUCUUCACAACAAUCUCGAUUUCAGCAUCCGCAGCCGCAGGCUCCACUACCGUUGGGUAUGGCUACAUAUUCUGCUGCAGGAUCUAUGGCAGUGCCAGGUCCAACUUCGGGUGUUGCUUCUUCAAGAUCUUAUCAGAGGCUGGAAAUGAAAUUGAAGCGGAGUUCUAAAUCUCUCGGUGACAUGUUAUUGAUGUCUGGUGAUCAAGAACCGCAUCAAGCACUUGAUUUCACAAAGCGGGAAGUGAAAAGACGUGGUUCUCAAAUCGAAGAAAACAAGCUGAAUGUUUCAGACACUGAGAGUAUUAGUUCGCUUCCCAGUAUAAGCAGUCUUCAAUCACGAGCUUCAUCUGAAACACGACUUUCUUCGAAACUUACCGCAUUGAUCAACAAGAAGACAUUAUCAUUGGACUAUUACGAUUAUGUUGGACGCAAGAAGACACCAUCUGAUGUUCUUGAAGAUAUCACAGUUUAUAUACCCGGUCUGAAAAUCACUGCUAAAUCACCAUUAGUGGUUAAAGUCAACACUUCAGUACGUGUUGUGGAGAUGAUUGGCUUUAUUCUUCUCACGUUGAAGGGAAAGGAGAUUCCUCUUUUUGAGAAGUUUCCUGCUCAGCCCAAUUUUUGGGUACUUUAUUUGGCCGAUGACGAUGGAAAAGCGGAAGACGACUUUGGUGUUCUGGACAGGACAAGGAUGGUGAAAUCAUAUGGAGCCGAUGAAUUCGUUAUGACAGAGGUAUCUGAGGAAGAAAUGCAGAGAAAUGAGAAGAUUACACCCUCGCCAUUGGAAGUAGCAGAAAGGAGGCAGAAGCAGCUUCCUUUACCAGUACAGAAAUCAAGAGAACUUUUUAUGGAUUCUCCCGCACAGCAUGUUAGAAACACAUCAUUGGCAACUAUCUCGUCGAAUCUCACACCGGGAUCAGUUCCGGGAAAGCAACUUAAGAGUAGCAGGAGAUCAAUUGAUGACGAUUCGUCAUUGAUCACCAAUGAAAGCGAAGGAAAAGAUGAAAUCAUUUCACCGUCUGUUGCCAAUAAAGGUAUGAUAAAUAUGGAUUAUCCAUAUUCGGCGAAUGCAGGUAUGUCUAUAUAUCAUAGGUGGACAGUUUGGCGAAGGCAACAGAUGUCCUUCAAGAGUAAAAAUGCUCGAACUUUGACUGUGGAUGGAUAUCAAAUCUACAUUUUGCCAUUUAACGAAUCCAAGGGGUCGUGGUACGAAUCUAAGACCAGCAGUUUUAACAUUGGGCAGGUAGUGAGAAUUAAGCAAAGCUCAAAGGUGCCCCGAUAUCUCAAGAUAUUUGUUAACAGGCACAACGAUGGAGCUAUGAAGAAAUACUAUUUGGAGGCCAAGAAUGGCGAGCAGUGUAGGGAAAUAGUGACUACUAUCAAAAAACUAGCUGAAAGAAAACAUGAAUAA